GCCUCUCCCCGGCUUCGUCCCCCCCCGCAGCCCCUCGCGCCCCUCGAGGAGUGAGUAAGUCCCCGCGGCGGCGCCCGGCCGGCUGCUGGUGAAACCAUGUUUAGGAGGAUUUUGCAGAGGACUCCUGGGAGAGUUGGCUCUCAAGGUUCUGAUUUAGAUUCAUCAGCAGCUUCAGUAAAUACUGUGGAUGUCAAUAAUGAAAGCUCUUCAGAGGGUUUCAUAUGUCCCCAGUGUAUGAAAUCUCUUGGUUCUGCUGAUGAACUUUUCAAACACUAUCAGGCAGUUCAUGAUGCUGGUACUGAUUCAAGUCAUGGAGGAGAAGCUAACCUUGAUUUGAAGCGAGAUGACAUAACACUUCUCAGACAAGAGAUCCAAGACCUACAGGCUUCUCUUAAGGAAGAAAAAUGGUACUCAGAAGAAUUAAAGAAAGAAUUAGAGAAAUACCAAGGGCUGCAGCCGCAAGAUGCUAAACCUGAUGGAUUGGUGGCUGAUUCUUCAGCAGAACUACGGUCUUUAGAACAACAACUAGAAGAAGCCCAAACAGAAAAUUUUAAUAUUAAGCAAAUGAAAGAUUUAUUCGAACAGAAAGCAGCCCAACUUGCUACUGAAGUUGCAGAUAUAAAGUCCAAAUAUGAUGAGGAAAGGAGUCUUCGAGAAGCUACUGAACAAAAAGUAACAUAUUUGACAGAAGAAUUAAACAAACAGACAUCUGUAAUUCAAGACUUGAAAACUGAACUGCUUCAGAGGCCUGGUAUAGAAGAUGUUGCAGUGCUAAAGAAAGAACUGGUCCAAGUUCAAACACUAAUGGAUAAUAUGACCUUGGAGCGUGAGAAGGAAUCUGAAAAACUCAAAGAUGAAUGUAAAAAACUACAGUCAGAAUAUGCUAACUCAGAGGCCACAAUAAGCCAGCUAAGGAGUGAACUUGCCAAAGGACCCCAGGAAGUUGCUGUGUAUGUACAGGAGUUGCAAAAACUAAAAGGUUCAAUUAAUGAACUAACACAGAAGAAUCAGAACCUGACCGAAAAGUUGCUGAAGAAAGAACUGGAUUACACCCAGUUAGAGGAGAAGCAAAGUGAAGAGUCUGUCAGUAAAAAGAACUUACAAGUAGCUCUUCAUCAGAAGGACCUGGACUGUCAGCAGCUUCAGUCUAGACUGUGUGCAUCUGAAACCUCACUGCAGAGGGUGCAGACGGAACUGAGUGAACAAGGAGAAGCUGCUCGGAAGCUCAAAGAGGAGCUCUGCGAGGUAGAGGCCAGGUACCAGCAUGUAAAGGCAGGGCUUAAGCAGCUGCAACAGCAGAGAGAGGAGGAGCAUCAGCAUGGGCUGCAGUUGCAAGGUGACAUUAACCAGUUACAUAGCAAACUUUUGGAGACUGAACGCCAACUAGGGGAAGCUCAUGGAAGACUGAAAGAACAGAGACAGCUUUCAAGUGAGAAGCUGAUGGAUAAGGAACAACAAGUAGCUGACUUACAACUCAAACUUUCUCGUGUCGAAGAACAGUUGAAGGAAAAAGUAACAAAUUCCACAGAAUUGCAGCAUCAGCUAGAGAAAGCAAAACAGCAGCACCAAGAACAGCAGGCUCUUCAGCAGAGUACCACCGCUAAGCUCCGGGAAGCGCAGAAUGAUUUGGAACAAGUUUUGCGUCAAAUUGGUGAUAAGGACCAAAAGAUUCAGAACCUUGAAGCCUUAUUACAGAAGAGUAAAGAAAACAUUUCAUUACUAGAAAAGGAAAGGGAAGAUCUUUAUGCAAAAAUUCAAGCCGGUGAAGGAGAGACUGCUGUUCUUAAUCAGCUGCAAGAAAAAAACCAUACAUUACAGGAGCAAGUAACUCAACUGAUGGAAAAGCUAAAGAAUCAGUCAGAAAGUCAUAAGCAAGCCCAGGAGAAUCUGCAUGACCAGGUACAGGAGCAGAAGUCACAUCUUCGUGCUGCACAGGACCGUGUCCUUUCCUUGGAAACAAGUGUCAGUGAAUUGAGUGGUCAGUUAAAUGAAAGCAAGGAGAAGGUCUCCCAGCUUGACAUACAGAUCAAAGCCAAAACUGAAUUACUAUUGUCAGCAGAAGCAGCAAAAACGGCACAAAGGGCUGAUCUUCAGAAUCAUUUGGAUACAGCUCAAAGUGCAUUACAAGAUAAACAGCAGGAGUUAAAUAAGAUCACUGUGCAGCUGGAUCAGGUCACUGCAAAAUUGCAGGAAAAACAAGAACACUGCAGUCAACUGGAAAUCCAUCUCAAAGAGUACAAAGAGAAGCACCUGUCUUUAGAACAAAAGGCUGAAGAGCUAGAAGGCCAGAUUAAGAAGCUAGAAGCUGAUACUCUUGAAAUUAAAACAAGCAAGGAGCAAGUGUUGCAUGAUCUACAACAGCAAAGGCAGCUGAACAUGGACUUAGAGCUUAGAGCCACAGACCUGAGUAAACAACUUGAAAUGGAGAAAGAAAUGGUAUCUGCUACAAAAUUGGAUCUACAGAAAAAAUCUGAAGCUCUUGAAACUAUUAAACAAAUGCUUACCAAGCAAGAAGAGGAAAAAGUUGCCCUGAAACAAGAAAUUGAAAAGAUAAGCCAAGAUGCAAAGAGGCAGUGCAAGGAAUUGAAUAGCAGAAUUCAGACCGCAGUAACAGAGCUGAAGGAAGUGAAGGCCGAAAAAGAGGCUUUAGUGGUGGAACUUUCUACCACAAAAGAGAAGUUGUCAGAAGUUUCUGAUUCUUUGAAAAAUUCCCAAAGUGAAUUUGAAAAGGAGAAUCAGAAAGGAAAAGCUGCCAUUUUAGAUUUGGAAAAUGCUUGUAAAGAAUUAAAGCAUCAACUUCAAGUACAGGCAGAAAGCUCACAAAAAGAACAGAAUGAAAUGAAAAGGUCACUUGAAAAAGAGAAAGAGACUUCACAACAGUUGAAGCUAGAGCUGAAUUCCAUUAAGGGGGAAGUCACACAGGCCCAAAAUAUAUUAAAACAGAAGGAAAAAGAAGAGCAACAACUUCAAGGGACUAUAAGUCAGCUAAAGCAAUCAAUGGAACAGAAAAAGAAACAGAUUGAAGCACUCCAAGUAGAAGUUAAAAAUAUUGUUUCACAGAAGACAGAGCUGGAGAAUAAACUACAGCAGCAGUGUUCUCAGGCAGCCCAGGAACUUGCAGCAGAGAAAGAGAAACUAUCAGUGUUACAGAGCACCUAUGGAAAAUGUCAGCAGACUCUAAAACAGCUCCAGUCUGAUUUCUAUGGGAAGGAGUCUGAACUUCUAGCCACAAGGCAAGACCUAAAGUCUGUAGAAGAGAAGCUGUCUCUAGCACAAGAAGAUUUGAUCUCAAACAGAAAUCAAAUUGGAAACCAAAAUAAAUUGAUUCAAGAACUGAAAACUGCUAAAUCUACUUUGGAGCAGGAUUCAGCCAAGAAAGAACAGCAACUAAAGGAACAGAGUAAAGCAUUACAGGAUAUCCAGAAAGAAAAGAAAACAAAAGAAAAAGAACUAGUGAAUGAAAAAUCUAAACUGGCAGAGAUAGAGGAGAUUAAGUGUAGACAAGAAAAAGAAAUCACUAGGCUAAGUGAAGACCUCAAGUCCCACAGACAAGAGAGCAUAAAGGAGGUAACAAAUCUCAAGGAUGCCAAACAGCUUUUGAUUCAGCAGAAAUUAGAACUCCAAGGCAAAGUGGACUCCAUGAUGGCAGCUCUGGAGCAGGAGAAGAGAAACCAGCAGAUGCUGAAAGAGCAGGUGGAAAAGGAGGAAGAGGAGCUAAAGCAAGAGUUUGUUCAGAAAGAAGCUAAGCUGCAUUCUGAAAUAAAAGAAAAGGAAGCAGGAAUGAAGAAGCAUGAAGAAAAUGAGGCUAAGCUUACCAUGCAGAUCACAACAUUAAAUGAAAACCUAGGCACUGUAAAGAAGGAAUGGCAGUCUAGUCAACGGAGAGUUAGUGAGCUUGAAAAACAGACGGAUGACUUACGGGGAGAAAUUGCUGUUUUAGAAGCAACAGUUCAGAAUAACCAAGAUGAAAGACGAGCACUCCUGGAAAGAUGUCUAAAAGGAGAAGGUGAAAUAGAAAAGCUUCAGGCCAAAGUACUAGAAUUACAAAGAAAGCUGGAUAAUACAACUGCAGCGGUACAGGAGCUAGGCAGAGAGAACCAAUCCCUACAGAUCAAACAUACGCAAGCAUUGAAUAGAAAAUGGGCCGAGGACAAUGAAGUACAAAACUGUAUGGCCUGCGGGAAAGGCUUCUCAGUCACAGUGAGGCGGCAUCACUGCCGACAGUGUGGGAAUAUCUUCUGUGCUGAGUGUUCAGGCAAAAAUGCCUUAACUCCUUCUUCCAAGAAGCCUGUUCGUGUCUGUGACGCAUGUUUCAUUGACCUGCAAGGAUAACAGCUUACCACACUUCACAGUACUAUACACUAACACUAGAUUUUUAAUAAACGUGCUUAAUAGAAGUCUUGGACUACUCUUUUAUUUGGACUUUGGUUGCAUACUAGACCAAAUUAGAAUUCGUAUAUUUUGGAAUGUUAUCAAUAUCAAGUAAAACUCUUCUAUUUUUGUGAGGAUUGGGUUCAUCUUUCAUUACUUUUUUCCAUUUAACCCCUGAAACAGCUUUCAUGCCAAGGUCAGAAUUAGCCAAUGAAGUGUAAAUAAACUUUGGACAGAAAAUAGCAAUGUAUUUUUUUAAAUAUAAUUUCUUUGUCCACAGAUGAUGGAUGCAGCUUCAUAGUUUCUGUGGACUUUGCUGAAUGUUGUCACUUGUUGCUCUUCUGUUGCACAAUAACACAUUGAUUGUACUAGAAUUCUCGUUGUGGAGUCAUACAUGGGACAGUUACAGUUUCUAGCUUUUUCUCUUAAAGUUAGACCUAUUGCUCUGUGACAUUGUUAUGUUAUACACUUACCACUUGGGUGUUCUAAAUACAGUUUAUGUUGAAAUAAUGUAUUUGUUCAAACAGUUAAAUUUUCAUGUAAACUUAAUGAAAUCUUCUGAAAAAUUAAUUAAAUACUUUAUGAUAAUCCUGGGGUUCUAUUUCAAA